AUGAGUCGCUGUGGAGAUGGAGAGCAGGGAGCCACUGCCUCUAAAAGGCAGCAUCCUGAGAACUGUGCUGUGGAGACGACGGGAUUAAAAAAGAAAUGCCUACUUGAAGAUGACAGUAUGGCCGCGUGUGACCAGCCUGACCAAAAUGCAGAAAAUAUGUUGCCAAUGAGUGAGCUCCUGCUGGGCGUCAUUCAGAACCAUAAAGCCACUUUGAAACGCAAGAAUGGAAAUUUGAUUGAAACCAUCACUGUUCAAGAGGACCAAAGUCCACUCAGUAUGCUGUAUACAGAACUCCUUAUCACCGUGGGAGAUAGUGAAGGAGUCAAUGAAGAGCAUGAGGUUCUACAGAUUGAACUGUCACCCAGGAAACAGAUCUCACAGGAUGUUAAAAUCCAUUGCAAUGACAUCUUCAGAUCACUGCCCAUGCAAGAAUCCAAAUACCUCAGGAAAGAGCAACACAUAAAGACAGUGCUAACCAAGGGCAUUGCUGGGAUUGGAAAAACCAUCUCUGUGUUGAAGUUCAUUGUGGACUGGGCAGAGGGAUAUGCCAAUGAAGAUGUGCAUUUUCUGAUUGUUUUCCCUUUUCGGGCACUGAAUUUGGUUAAGGAAAACCAGUGCAGUCUUCAGGGACUCCUGCAAGAGUUUCACCCAGAACUGAAAGAGCUGGAUCCAAUGACAUAUGAGCAAUACAAAACAGUCUUCAUCUUUGAUGGUUUAGAUGAGAGUCAACUUCAGCUGGAUUUCUCCAAGGAGUUGUAUGAUGUCACUACAAUAUCAUCAGUGGAUGUCUUGGUAACAAAUCUGAUCAAAGGAAAUAUGUUUCCCUCUGCAAAGAUCUGGAUAACUUCCAGGCCUGCAGCCACCAAUCAAGUUCCCCAUGAGUUUAUCAGUCGGGUGACAGAAAUACAAGGAUUUGCUGAUCCACAGAAAGAGGAAUACUUCAGAAGAAGAGUCAGUGAUCAGGAUCAAGCCAACAGAAUCAUCUCACACAUAAAGGCUUUAAAGAGCCUCCACAUCAUGUGUCACAUCCCAGUUUUCUGUUGGAUUGCAGCAUUUGUGUUUCAGCAAAUCCAGGCUCAAGACAAAUGCAAGGAGAUCCCUAAAACUCUGACCGAAUUGUACAUUCACUUCUUGAUCAUUCAGACAAAAAUAAAGAACAAGAAAUUUCAAGAAGACGCUGAAAACAACUCAAAGAAUCCUCUGGAGUCAAACAAGGAGAUUUUACUGAAACUUGCUGAGCUGGCAUUAAAUCAGUUGCUAAGGGGCAAUAUUAUCUUUUAUGAUGAGGAUCUGAAAGAAUGUGCCAUUGACGUCAAUGAUGCCACAGUAUACUCUGGGAUCUGCACUGAGGUCUUCCUCAAGGAGGAACAUGUUCUCCAUCAGAAGAAGGUAUUUUGCUUUGUGCAUAGAAGUGUGCAAGAGUUCUUUGCUGCUCUCUAUGUGUUUUACUGCUAUCUAAACAAGAACAUGAAGGUGCUUGGGUAUUUCCUUGGGGAGAAAUAUGAAUCUGAGCCAGAGGUUGUUCCUUUGGAUGUUCUGCUAAAGAAAGCGGUGGACAAAGCCUUGGAUAGUGACAGCGGGUCCCUGGAUCUCUUCAUUCGCUUCCUUCAUGGCAUAUCACUGGAAGCCAACCAGAAACUACUCCAUGGUGUGCUGCCAUACACAGAGAGCAAACCAGAGAGUAGAAAGAAAACAGUCAAGAAUCUCAAGCUCAUGCAACAGAAUAAUGUUCAACCAGAGAGAUGGAUCAACAUACUCCACUGCUUGACUGAAAUGCAUGAUUGCUCAGUUCAUGAUGACAUUAAAGACUUUCUCCAGUCAAAGAUGUACAAAAGCAGGUUCACACUUGCACACUGCACAGCACUGGUUUAUAUGCUUCUGAUGUCAGAAGAAGAGCUGGAUGAGUUUGACCUGAGGAAGUACAACACAUCAGAUGAGGGUCGUAGGAGAUUACUCCCCGCUGUGAGGUGCUGCAGAAAAGCACUAUUUGCUGACUGUAAACUAACGGAAGAGUCCUGUGAAACAUUAGCUUCAGCUCUGCGGUCAGGAGAUCUCCCUCUGAGAGAACUGGACCUGAGCAUCAAUGACAUUCAGGAUUCAGGGGUGAAGCUGCUCUCAAAUGAGCUGAAGAAUCAACAGUGUAAACUGCAGAUACUGAGACUGGCUGGCUGUAAUCUCACUGAUGUGUCCUGCUCAUCUGUAGUGUCGGUUCUACGGUCAGCAAACUCAGCUUUGAGAGAACUGGACCUGAGUCACAAUAAACUUCAGGAUUCAGCGUUAACACUGCUCUCAGCUGGGCUGGAGGACCCAAACUGCAAACUGGAGGUCUUGAGACUUGUUGAUUGUGAGCUAACUGCACAGUCCUGUGAAGCGGUAGCCUCAGUUCUUCAGUCAGUGAAUUGUCCUCUGAAAGAGCUGGACAUGAGUCACAAUGACCUUCAGGAUUCAGGAGUGAAGUUUCUCUGUGUUGGAUUGAGGGAUCCAGUGUGUCAUCUGCAGAUAUUGAGGUUGUCCUGCUGUUUAGUGACAGUGGAUGGCUGUGCAUCUUUGGCUUCAGCUCUGCAUUCGAACCCCACGCACCUGAGAGAGCUGGACCUGAGCUACAAUCACCCAACCGAGUCGGGAGUGAAGCUGCUGUCUGCUAAACGAGAAGAUUCACACCAUCAAAUUAAGCUGAACGUCGACAAAGGAGGAGAGUUCAGGCUGACGCCAGGACCCCAAAAAUAUGUCUGUAAACUUUCAAUGGAUCCAAACACAGCAAACACACAUCUCUGUUUAUCGGAAGCAAACAGAAAGGCAACAUGGAACGCUGAGAAGCAGCCCCAUCCCAGCCAUCCAGAGAGAUUUAAGGGCUAUUGUUAUCAGGUCCUGUGUAGAGAGGGUCUGAGUGGACGCUGUUACUGGGAGGCCGAGUGGGACGGGAAUGGCGCCGCUAUAGGCGUGGCUUAUAAAGGCGUCAAUAGGAGGGCUCUGAGUGACCAGUACUGGACUGGAACCAAAGAUAAGUCCUGGCUGGGGUACAACGACAAGUCCUGGAGUCUGUACUGUGCGCAUAACACAUUCUCUGUCAGACACAAUAAUCAGAGUGACAAUAUACCUGCCCCCUCCACGUUCUCCAGAAGAGUAGGGGUGUAUUUGGACUGGCCAGCAGGGACCCUGUCCUUCUAUAGUGUCUCCCCCAACACAGGCAGCCUCACUCCUCUGUACACAUUCCAUGCCACAUUCACGGAGCCGCUCUAUCCAGGGUUUUGGCUUUGGGAAUCCUCAGUGUCUCUGUGCCACUGA